GCUUUGGGCUUCAUUCACCAUUUUGCGACGGUAGUGUAGAAUGUACAGAGCAGUAGUUUUUCCUCCUUUAAGUUGCUUUACAGAAGAAAAAUAAUGUGACAGUCCGUUAAUAGUCAACCCUGGAUUUCCGACUAUACUAUCAAUUCUGCUACUGACUCGAUUAAAAUCUGCAUUUACAUUUUUUUGGUGGGUCUGGAAUAAGGUGGAAAGAGCUGGAGUAACAGAAAGAAGAAAGAGGCGGGAUGAGAAAGAGAGGACCUGGAAGAGCAGUGACAUAGACGGAGUGAGAGACUGGGAGGAUCUGGACUCUCCAGGACUGUAAAUAGUUAAGAAAAAAACCAAUGCAAAGAUGAAGCCGAUAAAAAAGCAAGGAAGGCGCUCGCCCCCGUCGACCCGAGCCAAAGGGGGGAAGAGACGGGGGGUGGGGGACAGUGGAUCUCCAGACGGGGAGAAACGAGACUCGGAUGAGAACAGGGACUGCUCCCCCAGAAGUCAGUCCUCACCGCAGACUUCAUCACGCUCUGAAUCCUCUCCAGAGGAGUCGAUGACACUCAUGGUGAAGGAAACGCCGGAGAAGGAUGGCCAGAGACAGGGGCCCCGGCUCGCAGAGGCCUUAAUGGCAGAGUCCCCCCCCGGGAAGUCGGAGGACUCCCGACCAGGGAGCGUCAAGUCAUUAGGCGCCCACAGCACAGACAGCAGCAGCAGCGUGGCCAGCACCGCCAACAGCCCCAACCCCUCGUCCAACCGCAAGACGGCAACCUUCAAGGCCCGUGUCCCAAAGAAAAAGUACACCUCUGAGCACUGUGCCGCAGCUGCCGCUGCCGCUGCCGCCAAUGCCGCCGCCAACGCCGCCGCCAACAGCGCCAACCACUCUAACCACGGCAACCCUGGCACGCCUCCACUGAAUAGCAGUAGUGUUCAUGGUGGCGUCAACAUUCAGCUGUCGGGGUCCUCGUUGGGGCCUGGGUCGACAGCGAGUGAAGGCGGCUCACUCACGGACAUCAACGGUCAGAUCAGGAGAACGGCGGAGGACAACAAUAUGACCAGAGCUCUGCCUCGGGACAGGGAGAGCACGGCCCUUGCCGGAGGGGACAGAGACAGGAGAGGUCCAGAGGGAGGCCGAGAGAUUUCCCCCAGCCCCGUCCGCUGCUCCUCCACAGACACUGCGAGUGAACACGAUCUGGAAGUGAGUGAGCCGCGCCUCCCUGAGUCCCGUCACGGGGACUCCCGCCACUCCGACUCCGGCGAGGAGGCGCACGCCUUGGGCUCUGCGCCGCACAGCAGCCCGCGCAUCCUCACCCAGCAGAGUCUACCCGACACGCUGGCUGACGCCCUGGCCAAGGGCCUAAAGAACCAGCGGGUCCUGGCCCGGCAGGCCAGGAGGAGGAGUGGCGGCGAAGUGGGAGAGGAGAACGGAGGAAGCGGCGGGGGGAGGGACAACAUGGACUCUGUGUUCCGGGCGGGCGUGGUGAGGAGGGUUAGCGGUGAGCACGGCAGCCUGGAAGUGCAGCUCAAUGGUGAGAAGGAGCUGUACCGCUACCCAUUUCGUGAGGGCGCCCAGGGUCCGGUGGACAUAAUCAUGGAUGCCCCGCCACCCGGUUCGAAGCCCGUGGCCAUUGGCACUCCCGUGUGCGUACCAUUCGGGGGCAAUGAGGGCGUCGAUAGCACAGAGGCACAGCGCCAGUGGUACAGAGAAGGCCUGGUCACUCAGGUGGACUCUCAUCCAGCCGUGUCCAACCCUUACAGGGUGCUGUUGGAGGAUAGAGCUCCCCUGAUGGACGAGGAGGGGGAAGGCAGGGCGGGCAACCCGACAGCCGUCUGGGUGUCCCGUCAGAGCCUCCGCCUGUUGGUGCCCCCUUGGGACCUGGACCUAGGACCCCCUGGAGGGGGCAGAGAGGAGAGCGAGGCCGCGGGGAGGGAGGAGAUGGAGGUGGAUCAGGAGCUGUGUCGACUCAACCAUGGUCUGGGGCUCGGCACGCCGGCCGCCGGGUCCACGAUCGGAAUGCCCGUAUACCCCGGCACUGCCCCGGCCUCCUCGUCCUCCUCCACCGUCAGCUCCCCUGUCACCCCUGGGUCUGUGCUCAGCCUGGGGCCUGGGAGAGACUGGGAGAGGGAUAAGGACCUGGUGGAAAGAGAGAGAGAGAUCCAGAGGAAACAAGAGAGGGAGAACCGUGAGCGUGCCAAGCAGCACCAUCCAUUUAUGCCCCUGACCCCCGAGGAGGACAUGGAGGUGUCCCACUUUAGCAUGGUGCCCAUGGGGGCAGUGACGGCGGGGGGCACCAAGAACCUGGCCGUAUCCCAGCACAGGCACAUCCUCUCCAAGCCACCCCCAGGAUACAUCAACUCCCACCUGUCUGUGGUCCGGGCCAUGGGAGGUCCCCCUCUAGCGGGACCCCACCUGACCCUUAACCCACACCCCCCUCCGUCUCCCACAGUGCUGCUAGGCCUGGAUCCCGGAGCUAUGUCAGUGGGGACGGCUGUCAUUGCCACGCCUCAGCUCCCUCCCCUGCCCCCCAUGUCGUCCUCGUCCUCCCGUAGCUCCCUGGAUAAGCCGGCCUCGUCAAGCUCCAGCGGCACGCCCAGUGGGGGCGGGGGCUCUGCGCCAUCGUCGCGCUCCCGCACCCCGCUCACGGCGGCCCAGCAGAAAUACAAGAAGGGCGACGUGGUGUGUACCCCCACGGGCAUUCGGAAGAAGUUCAACGGCAAGCAGUGGAGACGGCUGUGCUCCCGAGAAGGUUGCUCCAAGGAGUCCCAGCGGAGAGGCUACUGCUCGCGUCAUCUCUCCAUGAGAACCAAAGAGAUGGAGGCCAGCGGAGGGGCUAGAGACCGCGGGGGUGCAAGCAGCACGGGAACCCUGACCCCAUCGGACCUGAGACUGGGCGGCGGCCGGACCAGUUCGGAGUUCGACUGGGAUGAUACGUCUCGAGACAGCAGCGAAGCGAGCAGCAGGGGAGGCGAUUCCCGCCCACGCCUGGUCCUGCCCUCGCUCCUGCCCCAGGACCUUGCUCGCUUUGACUUUGACGAGUGCGAGGCGGCCACCAUGCUGGUGUCCCUCGGCAGUUCCCGCUCCGGCACUCCCUCCUACUCGCCCAUUUCCAACCAGUCUCCCUUCUCGCCCACGCCGUCACCCUCGCCUUCGCCACUGUUCUUCCGCCCGGCCACCUUCAGCCCCAUCACGGCCCCACCCUCGCUCCCAUCACGCCGCCACCGCCACCUGAGCGGCACCAAGAUGGUCGCAAUGGGCUCAGAGCGGGAGCGGGAGCGCCACCUGUCAGGCAUCGUGCCCACGUUCCAGACCAACCUCACCUUCACCGUACCCAUGAGCCCGAGCAAGAGGAAACUGGAAGCCCCUCCUCCUCCGCUGCCCCACUCUGCCCAGGAUUAUGCCAAGCCCGACCAGCAGCUAGGGGAGGCUGUAGGCCUUAGCCCGGGCGGCUUCAGGGUGCUCUCCCCUCAGAGCCAGCCAAACACCCCCUCCUCCCUGUCCUUCCCCAGGCCCCGGAGUACCACCAGCCGCCCCCCGUCCUCUGCCACCUCCACUCCCCCGCCCAUGCUGGUGUCACCCACCCCUCCUUCGCCCCUGCCCCAGGAUCCCAGCCCCCGUCGAAUCGUUCCCCUGCGAGACUCCCCUGUCAUCGUGCGGAAUCCCGACGUCCCCCUGGCAAAGUUCACAGAGGGACCUCUGGGAAGGAGGGGAGUGGGGGGGCGCAGAGAGCAUAGCCAGCCACAGCACCUUGCCACCGGCCUGCAAGCACCCGUGCCCAUCAAUGGCGCCACCACCAACGGGGCGGUCCUGUUGCGAAACCCGGCCUCCACCCUGGUCCUUGUAACCUCCUCCCAGUCCUUGACCCCAGCUGUCGCUGGACGCCCCGCUCAAUCCAGCCCCGCCCCUAGUAGUGGCCCCUCCUCCAUAUCUUCUACUGGCUCCGCCCUCUCCAGCUCUGGAUCAGACGGUAGGGAGCGGGAGAGGAAGCCCGGGGGGCAUCAGGAGGCCAUUGGAGGGGCUUUGCCCCAGCCGGUAGCCUGCCACCCCUCACCCACCGCCCUGCUUCCCCUUAUUCUACCAGCAGACUCCCCUCACCCUGUACCCCGCAAGGACAUCAUCAUGGGCCGACCCGGGACAGUAUGGACCAAUGUGGAGCCCCGGUCAGUGCCAGUGUUUCCUUGGCAUUCAUUGGUCCCUUUCCUGGAGCCCAGCCAAUCGAGUACCGUUGCCCAGCCCGGUGAUGGCCAACAGCUUGUCAAUCAGAGCAAAGAGCCUCGCUGUGGGGUGGCCCUGGUGAGUGACGGACGGACGGGCCCAGCAGACGCCGAGCGCUGGUCUCCAUCCCGGCCACCCUCCUCCUCCAUCGAAAACAACCCCCCGGCAGGAAGAGGCGGAGCGGACAGUGAGACGGAGAGCGAUGCAGACGACCCGUUCUUUCCGGGUGUUGCGAAUGAUCCUGCCCCAUCCACGGGUCCUAUCAAAAGGCGAACUCAGUCCCUCAGCGCCCUUCCCAAAGACGGAGAGAGGAAGAGGGAGAAGGAUCACAUCCGGCGUCCCAUGAACGCGUUCAUGAUCUUCAGCAAGCGUCACCGGGCGCUGGUGCACCAGAGGCACCCCAACCAGGACAACCGCACGGUCAGCAAGAUCCUGGGGGAGUGGUGGUAUGCCCUUGGCUCCACUGAGAAGAAGAAGUACCAUGACCUGGCCUUCCAGGUGAAGGAGGCCCACUUCAGGGCCCAUCCCGACUGGAAGUGGUGCAACAAGGAUCGGAGGAAGUCUCUCUCAGAGGGCCGAGGGACCCCGGGGUCCAAAGAGGCGCGGGAGAGGAGCGUGUCUGAGAGCACAGAGCCCGAGUCAUUGUCUCAAGGCAUGGACGUGAAGGGGGCAGAAGGCUCUGUCUGGGCGGGGGGCUCUGAGCGUGGCGUGGGGGCCUACAGUGGUCAGCUGCUCCGGCCCCGGGCCUUCUCCCAGAGUGCGGUUCACAGCCUGGAGAGGAGAGAGCGGGCCAGGGACCUGGAGAAGUUGUGUCGAGAUGGGGCAGGCUCGUUCCGGAGUCACCCCCCUACUCUCUCACUGGGUGACCACGGGGCGAGUGAGGAUGUGACCAGCGACGAGGAGCGCAUGGUCAUCUGUGAGGAAGAAGGGGACGACGAUGUCAUGGAGGACUCGUGCCCUGAGGGAUCCAUAGAUCUGAAGUGUAAAGAGAGGGUGACUGACAGCGACGAGGAUGAGCCGGACGGACAGAGAGUCUUCCAGCCAGUGGCCCGCUCAUCCCUCCCCUCCUCCACCUCCCACUCCGACUCCCCCUGCGACUCUGCUAAGGGGAACGGAGGAGGGGGCAGCGUCUCCGAGGGCUCAGAGAGGAAGAAGAGGCGGCCGAUUGACGGGGGAGAGGAGACGGGGGGAGAGUCCGGUGGGGGGUUCGGUGGGGGGCAGGUUCCCUCCCACUCCAUCCCUGGGUCGGCACCCGCUCUGGGUUACGGUCUCACCCAGGCGAUGGGUGCGGCGGGGAUGGCGCCCACCGUGGUGACCAACGUGGUUCGCCCCAUCGCCAGCACGCCCAUCCCCAUCACCAGCAGGCCAUUAGAAGGCUCCGUCGCCCUCGGCACCUUCCACGGGGAGAAAAGAGCCACACUUCUGAUUGGAGGACCCGGAGCAGGAGGCAUGCCUGUCACGGCCGGGGGUGGGUACUUGUCCUCGUCCUCCCCGCCGCAGGUCACCAGUCUAGUGCUGGGAGGAGCCAACCAGCCUAUUCAGCUCAUAGCCACGCCUCAGCCUCUCUCGAGUCCCGCCCACGGCACCCUGCCACUCCCCUUCCCACUGCUGCAGCCCCAGUUCCUCCCCACGGUCUCGCCCGCCCAGUCUGGCGGCGCCAAGCCUGCUCUCACCCAGGUGCAGUACCUCCUGCCCACCCUGUCGUCGGUCGGCGCCAACCCCAAGAGCCCGUCCCCCCAGCUAAACCAGCUGCCAACCGGCGUCCUCGCACCGCCCUCCACUCCGUCUGCCCAUGUUUCACUGGCCAAUGGAAUAAAUUCGGGGGCAAGAGUCCAAACCCAGUCUCCAGUCUUGCAGAGCAAGAUGUUGGUUCCCAUGGCAACAGUGAGAACCGGCUCCACUCCUCCUCAGCCCGUCUCGCUGGUUGCUCCGCCCCUUCCUGUACAAAAUGGCCCUCAGUUGGGGAACAAGAUCAUCCAGAUUGCCCCCAUGCAUCCUGGUAGUCCCUUCCCUGUAUCUAUGGCAACGGCCACUGUAAUGACCCCGGGAAUCACACCCCCUCAGAGUGUGUUGCUGACCUCGCCUCCAACAAGGAUCACUUAUGUCCAAUCCAGCCCGAGAGUGGUCUCCACGGCAAUGGCCCAGGCCCCUCCCCCUCCAGGUCCCACCUACCUGCCGGCGAGCCUGGGGUUCACUGCCGUCGCCCCGGCCAGCCAGGCCAUUUUGCAGCCCCUGGUGGCGGGCCAACCCCCCCUGCUAGCCCCAGCCCUCUCCCCUGGUGCCCUGGGGGGCGGACAUCAACUUCUCACCGCCGUCUACACGGCGCCCAGUGUCUCCCUGACAACGGGGGGGAUUUCCAUGGCCACCGUGCCUCCGAGUUUGUCUCAAGAGGUGUCCUGCCGGUCGUCCCCCUUGGGCGUCGGCCUCCAGGGUUCAAAGGACGUGACCCGGGCACACGACGAGGGGAUGCCACGCCUCACCGCGGAGAUGGAGCACAAGCGCCCGGCAUCAGAGGGCCCGCCAGAGAGAAAGGCCAAGGCGCCGAUAAAGAAGGAGAACAUAAAGAAGGAGAAGAUGGGCGAGGACGUUGAGGAGCCGAUCAAACCUGGUGCUAACUCAACGGGAACCUGCAUGCCAACAGCAGGGAGCGAAAAAGACGGCGGUCGAGCCACAAACCACGUGAAAGAAGAGAACAUGGAUGAUGCCAGAGAUUAUAUCAGGGACAAACAGAUGAAGACGGAGAGGAGAACGCCCGAACCAGAGGGGUCCAGAGAGGCAGGGGACGGGCCCCAUCAGAAUCACGACACUGAGGCCGGAGCAAGGGAACCUUCCAACCCCCCAGCCACAGAACUGGACCCUCCCCUGCCCCCCCCACACACUGACAGGGACGCGGCCCACUCGGCCAAGAAGACCAAAUUCCGCCCACCGCCACUGAAAAAGCCCUCAGACUCCAUUGACAAGGUGCUGUCAGGGUCCUAUUUUGAGGAGCGCUUCGCUGAGCUGCCAGAGUUCAGGCCAGAGGAGGUGUUGCCCUCCCCCACACUCCAGAGUCUGGCCCCUUCCCCCCGAGCCAUCCUGGGAAGCUACCGCAAGAAGAGGAGGAACUCCACAGACCGGGACUCAUCUGCCGAGGACCCCAUUUCUCCCAGGAGAAAGACACGCCGUCUCUCCAGCUGCAGUUCAGAGCCCAACACGCCCAAGAGUGCUGCCAAGUGUGAGGGGGAGAUCUUCACCUUCGACAGAGCUGCUGAGUCUGAGGAUGUCACGGGAGAGACGGAGAGAGUGCCCUCCUCUUCCCUGCGGAGGACUUUGGACCAGCGCAGGACUCUUGUCAUGCAGCUCUUCCAGGAACACGGCUUCUUUCCUUCAGCCCAGGCUACUGCAAGCUUCCAGGCGCGCUACUCUGAAACUUUCCCCACCAAGGUCUGCCUGCAGCUGAAGAUCCGCGAGGUGAGGCAGAAGAUCAUGCAGACAGCCACACCCGGAACCUCCGGGAUGUCUGAGCCCGGCGGGUCGACCGCAGGGGUCAUGGGUACAAUGGACCCCGCCUCUGCCGCCCACGGCUUUUCCAACACCAGCGCUCGAGACGAUAGGGGAGCGGAGCCGGGAGAAAGAGGGCGGAGUCCCGAGGAGCCCAGGAGCUCGUAAAAACGGAGAGGAAGACGGUGACGAAGGAGAAAAAAGGAGAGAAUGGAGAAGAUUGAGAGAAAAGGAGAAGAGAGAGAGAGGAGUGUCGUGACCCACAGCGUGUCCUUGGACAUGUCGUAACAGGACUCUAGCACUAAGUCAGCCUGUUCCAUACUGGCCAUACUCUCAGCACAUUUGUAGUCCUUUGUAGUUUGACACAGAAAAGGUCUGUGGUACAUGCAUUCUUUCUCUCUCUCUGUUGCACGCACACACGCUCGCAUACACUCCCACAUACAGACACACACAGACACGCACGCACACACGCACGCACACACGCACGCACGCACGCACACACAAAGUCAGACUGUUACUAUGGGGCGGCAGUCACAAGCGCUGUCACGCAGAUGACGACCAGACACAACGGCACUUUGUAACACUUUGUGCGGGUGCAGUUUGCCAGCCCGCUGUUGCCAUUCACUUGACUUCCCUCCCUCCACUCCUGAGCACAGUGGCUGGGAUGUAUCCAAUGUAACCUCCACGGAAAAUUCCACAGCCCCUCUAUGCUGCAACAGCAGACAGCACUAAACUGGACUGGACCCACGCUGCACACACACAGUCUGCCAGUCAACUCGACCCUCGCCUGACCAAGCCAUUGGCCUGCACAGUUUUUAGCGAUUGUACAAAGCGAGUCAAGCAUGGGUAACAUUGGCUCCCGGACAAAAGGGAGGCGGGACUCGGCGUGACCAUCGGCCCAAUACCUGGUCCAUCCGUUGUCAAGGUCACAGGCAGAUUGAGUUCCUAUUGGCUGGGAGAGGAUGUUGUAUAUCGGGGUUUCCCGUUGUGGAUAUGAAAUAUGUAAAGACUGAUGGGUGAUGCGUGGCAAUGCAACGAACUCAAAGAUUGAUUGGCCGUUACCGAGCACAGAGAAAAGGUGCCUUCCUCUGCCCAGGCGUUUUUUAUGCAUCAGCGACCAGCAUCAUAGGUUAUUGAGAUCUGUCAGUCGAUGACAGGGUGGAUGAUGAGGCACGCACCAAUUGGUUGAUGCGCGACGCCUGAGCAGGGGAAUGCGACCAAAUGCUGAAUAAGGUGAUCAGCUGAUCGUUUGUCAAGAACUGUAAUGGAGGCGGACUCCACGAAUAAGGACACAGAAAGCAGACGACGCGACGAGACGGAUCCCUUGGCCCCGAAGUGAAUGUUCAUAAGUAAAAGUCAAUUCUUUUAACCAAUGUCUAGGAGUCACCCAGUAGAUAUGUUGCUUUCUUUUGUAUUGUUGCAGUGGAAAUAACCCGUUUUCUGUGGCCUGUCUUAUCACUUGUGGCUCUCAAUGGUGUUUUCCAGCAUAGACCUAUAGAAACUGAGUUUUGGAAACAGCCCGUGCUAAAUUUGACUUUGGGCCAUUCCCCCUCUACCAUGACUUCUCAGUAGGCACUUCGAGGAGGGGGCGGGGAGUUUGUUUUUAAACGUUGAAAUCAGGUGUUUGCACAAUGCGUGGUCUUAUGACCGCCAUUUAAAUCAGGAAAGUAUUGUUUUUAGAGAUUGUUUCCUAGAAAAAACCUUGUUGUUUCAUGUUAUCAGUCCCCUCUUCUUCAAGUUGGAGCCCCGUUCCUUCCCCCACUCCUAACGCCACCUCUCCCUGCUCCACUAUCCAAGUGUUUUUAGAAAGUGCCCUUAAGCACUGGUCCAGGGUCAGUUGUGUUAUGUAGCUCAGAAUGGUUCUGAUUAAGGUUUAGUUCAGGAAAAACAGAUCCUAGACCAGGCCUGUAGGGCAUUCUCUGGAGCCCUCUCUCCUCCCUCUCUGCCACUUUAUUUCGUUCCUUACUAAAUGGUGCAAUAGGACAUUUUGAAUGGGUGAAUUAUGUGAGUCUGUGCCAUAGAUACUUACAGUACAGUCAGAAGACCCAUUCUAAUAACUUUGGUAUAAGAAGAAUUCUCUGAAAUUACUAUUAUUGAAGAGAUCAGAGCAUAACUAACUAAAGUAAAUGAAAUUCAAAUAGCACUUUUUGCCUCUUCACUCGUUGUGUGAAGAGUCGGGGUAGUUAUGGGUAUACCUUUCUUUUUCUGUAUUCAGUUGGAUGUGUGCAAAAUAUAUAGAUAUAUUUCCAUAUGUGCAUAAAGAUGAUGUGUGUGUUUGCGCACAUGCAUGUAUGGAGUCGGCCACACCCUGUUUUCUUUCACCUACCAUACAGUAAGACAUUAUCCACCAUAUUUUAUUCUCGUAUUCUAGACGCAGUAUUUUUACAGUAACCAGGGCUAGUACAUGCCACGUUCACUAUUAGAAUGAGAUCAAACUCAUAGAUUUUCUCAACGAUUUAUCGAGUCUCGCAGCGGUGAGGCCUGAGACGUAUCCAUGAACAUGCAUGUGCGCACGCCAGCGCACAGAUAUACAUACCCACACAUGUAUGCGUGGACACUGAAUGAUUGUGCUUAAAAUAAACUGUCCUUACUUUGGAGAAGGAAUUUUAGAAUGAGAGAGAUGAGUGUUAGCUCAUAAAAAGGCAUGUUGACCAUGUGCAAUAUUUCUAAACAAAAAAAAACUAAAUAUUGAAAAUAUUAAAGACCUAACACAAUA